AUGGAGAACACUGCGGAGAAACCAAGCGGCAAUAAGGCCACCAUCGUCAGGAACACGGCUCAGCUCUCCAAGAUCCCACGUCAUAUACUCUCCACGGUUCCAUAUCAAAUCAUCACUCAGCAAGCGGAGAACACCACUGCAACUUGGCCUGUCAUCCCCACUGUAUUGAGGAGCAAGAGGAGGAACUACAACAGGCAAAUGCGGAGAACACUGCGGAGAAACCAAGCGGCAACAAGGCCCCCAGCACCAAGAACAGGCUCAGCUCUCCAAGAUCCCACGUCAUAUACUCUCCACGAUUCCACAUCAAAUCAUCACUUAGCAAGCGGAGAACAUCACUGUAACUUAGCCUGUUAUCCCCACUGA